AUGUGCGGCUGGUGGUGUGCAAAGGGAGGGACCAGGGACCGCGCUCAGACUUCUCCUGACGUCAAGAAAAGAAAAAAAAGACGGACGUGUGAGGCGGACGUAGCGCAUUUCAAACAAAGCAGCUGCUCCAUACUCGCUCAGGGAAAUAAAGUGAUCCUUUUGCUGGACGCCAGCGUCAGUGGAGGGGCAGACCUGGACGACGUCUCCUCCUCAACUCCUGGAAGUGGACGGAAAAGAAAACGAGUCUCAAAUGUCCCUCCCGUAGACACGAUUGCUGUAUGUCAUGAACUCUUCAACGCUGUCAGAGACUAUAAGGAUCGACAAGGGAGGCAGCUGUCUGAACACUUCCUAAGGGUGCCAAAAAGGAGGAAUCAGCCGGAUUACUAUGACGUGGUGUCUCAGCCAAUCGACAUGACAAAGAUUCAAUCCAAACUGAAGUCGGAGGAUUAUAACGAGGUUGAGCAUCUGACUGCAGAUUUUCGACUCAUGUUCAACAAUGCCAAGUCUUUCUUCCAGAAUGACAGUGAGGAAUACCAAGCCGCGUGCAAAUUGUGGGAAGUGUAUCUGCAAACGAGAAAUGAGUUUGUUCAACCUGGAGCCGAUGAUGAUGAUGAGGAAGAUGGUGACGACAUGGAUAAUACUGGGAUGUCUACAGAGGAGGAGACCCCAACUGCGAGUUUGAAAGAGGUGUUAGAACAACUCCUGGAAGCCAUUGUUUCUCAUUCUGAUCCCUCAGGGCGCGCCAUCAGUGAGCUUUUCCAGAAACUGCCUUCCAAAGUGCAUUAUCCUGACUACUAUGCUGUUAUUAAGGAGCCCAUUGACCUCAGAACAAUUACUCAAAGAAUACAGUAUUCAUUUUAUAAGAGUGUCAAUGCUAUGGCCAAGGACAUUGAUCUCAUGGUGAAAAAUGCCAAAGCAUACAACGAACCAGGAUCUCAGGUUUUUAAGGAUGCAAACGCUAUCAAAAAAGUUUUCCUGCAGCGAAAGGCAGAAAUUGAGCAUGGGGAGCCAACUAAAUCCAGUAUUCGCAUCAGAAAUCGUAAGUCUGGUCAGCCCGAUCAGCUCUCUGGUGUUGGCACAACUCUCCAUUAUGGAUCUGAGAGUGAGGAUGACCCUGGGAUGUCCGUAUCUAUGGGUUUUGAUGAAGGGGAGUCUGAGUCAGAAAGUCAAUCUUCCACUGUAGACGCUGUGAACCCCAUAUUCCAGCUUUUUGAAGCCAUAAGAACCUCCAGAAACAGCCAGGGUCAACCAUUUUCAGAACCAUUUCAGCAACUCCCCUCUCGUCGUGAAUACCCCGACUACUAUCAACGAAUCAAGAAUCCCAUUUCAAUUACUCAGAUCAGGCAAAAAAUGAAAUCCGGCGACUAUGACAAUCUUGAUCAAAUUGAAGCGGAUUUGAAUUUGAUGUUUGAGAAUGCAAAGCGUUACAAUAUGCCCAACUCCAGCAUAUACAAGCGUGCUUUUAGGCUUCAGCAGAUCCUGCAGGCUAAAAAGAAAGAACUUAUGAGAAGAGAUGAAGAUGAUGGAGACAGUAUAUUAUCGUCUGAUGCUGGAAGUGUCAAACGAAAAGUUUAUAGAAAAGGCAAAAAGGGGAGAAUGAAGGCAUUAUACGCAGCAGUGAUGGAGGCAAAAGAAGCAGGGACUCACCGUCGCUUAUGUGAGAUGUUUAUGGUCAAACCUUCAAAGAAGGAUUACCCAGACUACUACAAAGUCAUCCUCGAGCCCAUGGACCUGAAAACCAUUGAGGCCAACAUCAAAUCUGACCGCUACAACAGAGAGGAAGCACUGUUGGACGACAUGAAGCUAAUGUUUCGCAAUGCCAGACAUUACAACGAGGAGGGCUCACAGGUUUAUAAUGAUGCUGAUAUUUUGGAGAAGAUAAUUAUUGACAGACGCAAGGAGUUAGGACCUGCACCUGAUGAAGAAGAUGUGGGAUCCCCCAAAAUCAAACUCAGGAAGAGUGGUGCCUCCCCAAAGAAGUCCAAAUAUCUCACUCCUCUCCAGCAGAAGUUAAAUGAGGUCUAUGAAGCGGUGAGAAACUACACAGAUCGCAGAGGCAGGCGUCUCAGCACAAUCUUCCUCCGUCUUCCGUCUCGAUCAGAGUUACCCGACUACUAUGCCACCAUCAAGAGGCCCAUCGACAUGGAGCGGAUCCGGAGCCACAUGGCAGGCGGACGCUACCAGGACAUAGAUUCUCUAGUGGAGGAUUUUGCCCUGAUGUUUAAUAACGCCUGCAUGUACAAUGAGCCCGAGUCUCUGAUCUAUCGAGAUGCUCUGGUCCUGCACCGCGUCCUGCUAGAGACCAGGAAACAGCAGGAGGGGACAGAAGACUCCGGACCCCCUUCUGUUGGAGCACAGGUGCGAGAGAUCAUCAGGAACCUGUUUGUGUCUGUGAUGGGACACCAGGACGAGGAGGGUCGCUGCUACAGCGACUCCCUAGCAGAGAUCCCAGCUGUGGAUCCAGCCACUCCAGACAAACCCCCACUUAACCUGGAGGUGGUCCGCAUGAACGUGGAGAGAGGCCGCUACAGGAGACUAGAUCUCUUCCAAGAGCAAAUGUUUGAAGUUUUAGAAAAAGCAAGAAAACUCAACAGAACUGAUUCAGAAAUAUUUGAAGAUGCUGUUGAGCUGCAACAGUUUUUUAUAAAGAUCAGGGAUGAACUAUGCAAAAAUGGAGAAAUUCUGAUGUCAACUGCACUCAACUACACAAUGAAACACCUCCACAAUGAUGUGGAGCAAGAAAAGAGAGAGAAAAUUCCCAAAGAGAUCGAAGAAGACCGCCAGAAGAAGGCUGAGGAGGCUGAAGAAGAGCAGAGGGGUAAUGGUAAAAGUGAGGAUUCAUCCAAUGAGGCGUGGCAAUCUGAGUCUGAUUCAGAGCGUGUGUACAAACAGCACUGCAGCUUUGAAAACAGCACUUAUCGUGUGGGAGACUUUGUUUAUGUGGAACCUUCAGAGCCAAAACUAAAGCCACAUAUUGUCUGCAUUGAACGACUGUGGGAGGACGAAAAGGGUGAGAAGUGGCUCUAUGGCGGUUGGUUUUAUAGACCCAGUGAAACAUUUCAUGUGGCCACACGAAAGUUCUUGGAAAGAGAGGUUUUCAAAGGUGACUACUACAACAAAGUUCCCAUCAGUAAAGUUAUGGGAAAGUGUAUGGUCAUGUUUGUCAAAGACUAUUUCAAACUCCAGCCUGAAGGUUUUCGACCAGAGGAUAUACAUGUGUGUGAGUCUCGCUACACCGCCAGAAACAAGACGUUUAAGAAGAUCAAGAUAUGGGCAAUGCCAACAAGCUCUGUAAAGUUUAUACAACGAGAUGCGCCUCUUCCGGUUGUCAGAGUUGCUUCUAUGUUUGCCAAACCGGACCAGGACAAGCAACUGGCAAUUUCAUAUGCAACUAGCAGCAGCUUUAUGGAGAAGGAGAAGGAGGAAGUCCUGAUGGAGAUGAGUGGAGAUCCUGGCUGUGUGUAUUACGAGCAGCUGCGCUUUAACAACACAUGGGUGAAAGUGGGAGACUGUGUGUACAUUCAGUCACAUGGGUUGUCUAAGCCCAGGGUGGCGAGGAUUGAAAAGUUAUGGAGGCAGAAUGGAAAUGUGCUUUUCUUUGGCCCAAUUUUCAUUCAUCCAGAGGAGACUGCGCAUGAACCCACAAAAAUGUUCUACAAGAAAGAAGUGUUUCUGAGCAAUCUGGAGGAGACCCUCCUGAUGACCUGUGUCAUAGGCAAGUGCAUGGUGUCUUCAUUCAAAGACUACCUGUCUUGCAGACCCACUGAGAUCCCAGAGGAGCAUGUGUUACUGUGUGAGAGCCGCUACAUUGACACUGAGAAGCAAAUGAAAAAGUUCAAGGGACUCAAGCGCUUCUCAUAUUCACCCAAAGUGGUUGAAGAUGAAAUCUACUAUUUCAGAAAGGUGAUAGUGCCUCAAAAGGAGGCGUCACCCUUCUUGACUAAGAAGAUUGAGGAGCUGGAGCUGAAGCUGGCAGAUUUGGAGGACGAUGACAUGGAUGACAUGGACGAUGAUGAAGCCUCCUCGGAGACUCCUCUGAUGCCUCAGAUGCAAACACCUGUGUCCAGUGACAUGGACAUGAUGCAGUACACUCCUUCCCUGUCUACUCCUAAGAUAAAGGGGCUCUCAAAGAAGGAAGGCGCAAAGAGGAAGAUCAACAUGAGCGGAUACAUCCUGUUCAGCAGCGAGAUGAGAGCUGUGAUCAAGGCCCAGCACCCCGACUUCUCUUUUGGGGAACUCAGCCGUCUGGUGGGAACUGAGUGGAGGAAUCUGGAAGCCACCAAAAAAGCCGAUUAUGAAGAGCGUGCAGCCAAGAUUGUGGAGCAACAGGAGCGGGAGAGGCCCCCCCAGAAGCAAGUGUCCCCUAGAGCAGGUACCCCUGUUGGGGCGCUGAUGGGCGUGGUGCCUUCACCCAGCACUUUGGGAAUGACCCCAUCAGGCAUGAUGGGAGCUUACGGUCCACCUUACAUGUCCAUGCAGGGCCCUCAUGAGGGCUUAUUGAGUGUAGCCACUAUGUCACCUCAUCCCCCUGGGAUGCCCCACCUGCCUCAUCACCUUCACCACAUGCCUGGAUACCCAGGCAUGCCCCAUCAGGGAAUUAUAGGCCCAGGAAUGAAUGGCAUGCAAGGAAGCCCAGGACAAGGGAAUUUCAUACAACAGCCUGGCAUGUACAGCCCAGGACAGCUUGCUCCUCCACCCUACCCUGGACAGGGUCAGCCCACACCCCCCAUGUUUGUGGCCCCCCCUCCAAAAACUCAAAGGGUGCUCCAUUCUGAGGCCUAUCUGAAAUACAUCGAGGGCUUGAACGCAGAAUCGACCACCAUAAGCAAAUGGGACCAAACUCUUAGGGUACACCGACGAGAGAGUCACUUGACCAAAGAGCAAGAGAGUCGUCUGCCUGUGCACUGGCUGAAGAGCAAAGGGGCCCACAACACCAUGGCAGAUGCACUGUGGCGACUACCGACUGGAACUUUGUUUCAGACCCCCAAUCAGCUGUUGCACUGCUGUGAUUGUGAAAAGCCCACGAAUAUGUCUCAAAUGCAAUUCCAGUGUCCUUCGAGCCCCAUGCCUGCUGCUCCUGCCCCCCUGCCCCUGGGGCAACAGCAGCAGCCAGGCUACAGCAUCCCCUGUGCAUCUGGCACUCUGCCAUCAGAGAGCGCCAGCCAGCCAGGGAGGAGCUCAGCCCUGCCUGCAGGCUCUGCCACUGCCUUCAGCUCUAACACAGAUUCAAACAUGGCAAACCCUAAAGAGAAGACCCCAAUGUGUCUGGUGAAUGAGUUAGCCCGUUUCAACAAAAUGCAACCUGAAUAUAAGCUUCUGAGUGAGCAGGGGCCGGCUCAUUCCAAGAUCUUUUCUGUCAGGCUCACACUGGGAGAUCAGCACUGGGAGGCAGAAGGAACCAGCAUCAAGAAAGCACAGCACUCGGCAGCUUCAGCUGCUCUGUCUGAAACCACACUCCCCAAACCGACAAUGAGGGCCCAACGCCCCCCUGGAAGGAUUCCAGAUGGCAUCACCCAAAUAAUGGAGCUGAAUGCCAUUUGUAUGAAACUUGGUAGAAAGCCCAUGUACAAAUCUCUGGACCCUUAUCCUGCGAUGAGACCGCCCAACUUCAACUACAAUGUCCGUGGUCCGGGGCCGUACCCACGCUCUAUGCAACAGUACUACUACCCUUUCCCUCCGGUGGGACCAAUGAUAUAUCACAUGGAGCUCUCAGUCGGUGGGCAGCAGUUUUUAGGCAAGGGUCGCACUCGGCAGCUAGCUAAACAUGACGCUGCAAUCAAAGCUCUGAAGGUGCUCCAGAAAGAGCCCAUGUUACAAGAACUGUCUGAGAUGAAUGGAGAGGAAGAGGAAGAAGAGGAGGAAAAUCUCAACAAGUCUGAAAUCAGCCAAGUGUUUGAAACUGCACUUAAACGCAACUUACCGGUCAGCUUUGAGGUUUUAAAGGAAGACGGUCCUCCUCACAUGAAGAGCUUUGUGGUGCGUGUUACAGUAGGACAAUUCAUUGGAGAGGGAGAGGGGAAAAGUAAAAAGAUUGCCAAGAAGCUGGCAGCUGCUGCAGUUCUGGGCGAGUUGAAAAAGCUGCCUCAUAUUCCAACUGUGGAAAAGGCUCUGCCACGCAUCAAAAAGAAAACAAAAUCCAUUGUCAAGCUGCAGACAAGUCCAGAGUAUGGGCAGGGCAUGAAUCCCAUCAGCCGCUUGGCUCAGAUCCAACAGGCCAAUAAAGAGAAGGAACCGGAGUACACUAUGGUGACGGAGAGGGGGUUGCCGCGGCGUAGGGAGUUUGUUAUGCAGGUGACAGUCGGGGGACAGUUCGCGGAGGGAUUGGGACCGAGCAAGAAGGUGGCCAAGAGAAAUGCUGCUGAGAAAAUGCUUGAACUUUUGGGAUAUAAAGUGCCUCAACCACAACCCCCAAAACCGGCAAUCAAGACUGAAGAAAAGGUCCCAGUGAAAAAACCCGGUGAUGGACGGAAAGUGACCUUCUUUGAGCCGGGUUCUGCUGAAGAGGCUGCAAAUGGCACAAAAGAGGAGGAUUUUCGGCUGCCUUACAUGAGCCAUCAGCAGCUUCCCGCCGGGAUCCUGCCCAUGGUACCGGAGGUGGCUCAGGCAGUCGGUGUCUGUCAGGGACCUCCGCCCAGUCGUAUUCAGCCAAACCCGGUAAAGGCCACAUUCACUGCCAUGAUCGCCAACGAGCUGCUAUAUGCAGGAACGUCUCCCACAGCUGAAAACAUCCUGAAGAACAAGAACAACAUGAACCAACUGCCCCAUGGACCCCUCACCCGACCCUCGGAGCAGCUCCACUUUCUGUCCACUGUGCAGGGGCUGCAGGUGGACUACAAAGAUUUCCCCAAAAAUAAUAAGAACGAGUUUGUAUCGCUUAUCAAUUGCUCUUCACAGCCUCCACUUAUCAGUCAUGGCAUCGGAAAAGAUGUAGAAUCCUGUCAUGAUAUGGCUGCACUAAAUAUACUGAAGAUGCUCUCGGAGUUGGACCAACAGGCAAAUGAAAGAACAGGGAAUGGACCAGCAUCUGGGUGUGUAAAGCAGGAAAUGGAAGAUGGCAUCAAACUGGCUAACUCAAACACAAUGGCACACAUCCUGGAUGGCACUGUGUAA